CCUUAGCACUGUGACUGGCAAGAAUAGUUGCGAUAGUGUAUCAGUGUGACUGUAUUGCCAGGAAAUUUGCCGAUUUUUUUUAUUUCUGUUCAAGUGUUACAUUGAUUAUUUGAAUCGAACCCUAUAACGACAACUAGUGUAUACCUUAUUUGAGUUCAGAAGGACUGUUUCGGUUUUUCCAGUGGAAUUAUUUGAGAAGUUCGCUGUUAUCGCUGCAUUGUUUGUGUCCCAUACGCCGGCUUACAUUAACUUUCGCUCAGUGUGAAAGUCGCGCUUAGUCGCUUUGUAUUCUAAUUUCUCAUCAGCGGCGCGCUUGGAAGUCGAACUCGCCGAUACAUUGUAGCGAAUUUUCGAAUUUUGCGAAAAUGGCCGCAACAACGUUCGAAAUGGACGGAAGCGUAAUGGAAGGGGGGGGACAGAUUUUACGAGUGUCUGCGGCUCUUAGUUGCAUCCAAGGGGCGUCAAUCAAACUAAAUAAAAUCCGAGCCGGUAGAAGCACACCGGGGUUAAGGCCUCAGCAUCUGUCUGGUCUCGAGCUGGUGAGGGACAUGUGUGAUGGCAAUCUGGAGGGAGCCACAGUGGGAUCCUCGGAAAUUAUACUCACUCCUGGGAAAAUCAUGGGUGGGAAUCACAUCGCAGACACCCAGACGGCUGGAAGCGUGGGACUGCUGAUGCAGAUUUCUCUGCCCUGCGCCCUGUUUGCUCAGGGUCCGUCAGAACUGUGCUUGAAGGGAGGAACCAAUGCUGAGAUGGCACCUCAGAUCGACUACACAAUAAAGGUCUUUAAACCAAUUGUGGAGAGAUUCGGGGUUCAGAUUCACUGUGAUUUAAGAAUGAGAGGUUACUAUCCUAAAGGGGGUGGAGAGGUGGUGGUCAAGGUAAACCCUGUGAAAGAAUUGAGUCCAAUUAAAUUGACUGAAAGAGGAAACAUCACCAAGAUCUACGGAAGGGCAUUUGUGGCUGGAGUACUGCCCUUCAAGUUGGCGAAGGACAUGUCCACGGCAGCUGUACGCACAAUCAGGAAGGAAAUUAAAGAUCUGUACAUAAACAUUCAAUCUCUGCAAGAAAAGGACAAGGCCUGCGGCAGUGGCAAUGGGAUUAUAAUAAUUGCAGAAUCAUCCACUGGCUGUAUUUUUGCAGGGUCAUCUCUUGGCAAAAAAGGUGUGUAUGCGGACAAAGUUGGCAUUGAAGCUGCAGAAAUGUUGCUAAGGAACCUCAGACAUAAUGGUUGUGUGGACGAGUUCUUGCAAGACCAGCUCAUUAUUUUCAUGGCCUUGGCAAACGGCACAUCCAGAAUGCGGACAGGCCCAAUAACUCUCCACACACAAACGGCAAUCCAUGUCGCUGAGCAGCUAACUAAUGCAAAAUUUGCUAUAUGCAAGGCCGAGGAUGAGCAUGGCAACAACGAUACCUUCAUCAUCGAGUGCCAGGGAGUGGGUGCCACCAACUCUAGCUUGUAAACUCAUGGAUAUGCCCUCCUUAGCUUGUCCCCAGCCAAGAUAAAGCGACUUGAAGGGAGUCAACUGGAGGACUUGUUACAGAGACACACUACUAUUGUAACUGACUGGAUAACUUAAAGAUAACUGAACGUUAUCUUUAUGUUCUCCCACAAUAAAUGAAUCAUUUUCACAAUGACCCCCGGUCACUUUGCCUUGUCCCUUACGCCAACUGUUCUGUCCCCUCUAAUACUUUAGUUACUCAGGGUAUUGCCUUGCACUGUAAUGAAACUGUCUUUUGACAUCACUUUUGCAUUAUGGAUAGUUUGGGCUGUUUUUGCAAUAUUCCCACACCCAGUUUGUGCUGAAUCCUGUCGGUGUUGAUAUUUUUCAGAUUGAAAUAGUCAAAUUUGCUUUUCCACACCCUAACACAAGCCUUAAAGUUUCAUUAAAUCCAUCUGAUAUAACAAAUCGGUUUUUACCAUAAACAAUAGCUUAACCAAUUUUGCAUGGAAGUAGUAAAAUACAUGUAUGUCACUGGUAAAUGUAGUGCACUGUGUGUACACAGAGGAAAAGAAAGGUUUUUCCAUCCUUUCAAUUUACGUUUCCAUGUAGCUGCUUUGUUUUUGUUUUUUUGAGAGUUAUUUAAGUUGUUGUUUUGGUAAGAAACGAAUAUCUGAAACGUCAUUGCCAUUUUAUUGUUUUCUCGCUGUACUUUUUCUUUUAUUGAAAUGCUCAACAUCUCUCCGUAUAUCGUUUGUCAUUUUAUUUCUUGGGAUGAAAAAUGCUUAAAGUGAAAGAUCACUAGUUUCAUUCUUCGUCAUUAUUACUAUUGUUAUUUAUAAGAUGGAAUUGCAGAUGUUAAUUUGAUUGACAUGAGAUUUUUUUGUUUACAUCUUCUGUUUUGUUGGCUACUUUAGAUGAGCAUGUCAUUUUGUUAUUUGCGUUAAGAUCUUUUUGAGGAGAUAAAAUAAAAUGAGUAAUAGACAUA